CAAAUCAAUGAGCCCACUAUUCACCACGCCAUGGACAAUCUAACGCCUCAGGAUCUGUUCUCACCUUCCAAAGCUCGGCAACAGCGUGCGCAGGCGGCCGAUUGGGCCCAGAUCGACUCAUGGCUGUCAUAUAAAUACGCAGGCCGCACCGUGCCUACCUUCGAGCGGAACGAAGAGACGUUGAAGGUUCUGAGGGAGCUGUCAUCGGCGAACGAACGCGCAGAUGAAGAGCGGAUGAUCAUGGAGAGGGUCGAGCGAGAGGCCUGCAAGGAGCUGGAAGCGGAUGAGGAAUCUCGCGAUCCAGAAGACGUGAAGAUUCUUGAGGCUGUUGAAGCGCACCUCUCGACCGAAGGCUCAGACGCCCUGCGUGCCCUCGCCUCGACCGCGGUCGCACUUGACACAACAAGUGCGAACCCGGAAACUCUUGCCCAUGCGCUCAUUGCACAUACGUCCAUGUCGCAAACUCUCGCAAAUAAUAUCCAACAUGUGCGAACGCUGCAGAGGUACCUCGACAAGCAGCACACGCUCCUCCGGUCCCAGCUCAACGAGCUGCAGUCCAACCCUGCCUUUUCCGCUCCGCCUUCGCUGCAGCGCCAGACCACCGAGCAAGCACGCCAAACGAAACACUUGCGAACCAAGAUACGGGAAUAUGAAGACAGACUGGCAUCGCUGGAGUAUCAGCAGGCAAAGACUGCGGCUACGCCGGCUUCAAAGGGCGUGAGCUCGGCAGAGGCGAUAGCCGACAUGCUGGAGCAACAAACAUCCUUGAGCGCAUUGAGACGAAGGGUAGAGCGCCUGGAAAAAGAAGUCGAUGAGUUUGCUGGCUUGCCGGCGGAUCGGGAGGCUGCCAGGAAAGAGGUGGGCAAAUUAGAGAUCGAGCUAGACAACGUGAGAAGGAGGAGAGAUGCCUUAUUCGAGGAAUUGGUCAGAUAAGUCUGACCGUCAAUACAAUACACCGCUCGCGAUGCAAAGGUCACGAUCCCAAAAGCAAACUCGGCAUACUGCCUGCACCCCACCUAUGGGCAAGCGAUGUAUUGUCAAGCAAGAACAUUGUUUCAGCUCGCCCGUAUAGGUGGCGUCGCUUAAUCACCAGCACAACGUACUACGAUAUUAGCGGGCGCCAAGAAGCAAGAAUGUUCAGCCUUCAUUUUGCUUUUCCUCAUUCCCUUGACUUGGUUCUAGCCGCGUGGCGCCCGGGGUAAACACCGU